AUGUUUCUUGGGAGACGAAAGAGAGCUCCUCAGCCUACCUGGAACGGGGAAGGCAGGCCGCUGGCUCUGAGUAGCGGACAUGUACGGAAUUAUUCUUUGCCUACGGCAUCGUUUGUACCCUAUCCGGAGCCGUUGCCUGGAUCAGAUGAUUCUCAGUCGUCGGAUCUUAGGGAGGGGGGAGAGGAAGGGGAACGGAGAGGAGAGUAUGGGGCGAUUAUCCGAGGGGGCCGGCCGGAGGAUGUGCGGGAGAUAGAUGCGGGCUAUAUUCUCUCUCCUCUGAUGCCCGGGGCUCGAUCAUCUGCCAUCUACCCCGGCGCAACCUGGAUUUCCCCUGAGGAUGAGGAAUGUAUAGAGGACGUGGUGCCUCGUCCAACGCCCCGGCUUGGGGGAAACGGAAUUAUGAGGAGUACUGCUGAUGUUAUUCCUCCACUGGACGCUGGGCGGUUUGAUCGACAUGCCACACCCACCAAUAUACUUUCUACAGGCCCAACCGCGCUUCAGCUCAACCUAAGAAAUCCAACUAGGAGAAGGCCAGUCCUGGGACGGAUGUCAAUGCCGUCACCUGCACCGGCUUUCGUAAAAAGCUAUCCAUCUCCUCCGAUGUUACCUCUACAGGAUGUUGAUAACUCGCGUCACAAUAUCCCACCCGAACCUUUAUCCAUGGGAAAUGGGAUUACGAACCCAUAUGCUGAGAGGCCACCGACACCUCCGGAAUCGGAUACUGACAGUUUCGCCAAUCCCAGACCGGCACCGCAACGGCCGUGUUCAGAGGAUUAUUUACGAGGGAAUCCUCACUAUAUUCCUGGUCCUGGAGCUAUAAAUGGUUGGGGGAAUUGCCUUAGCAGGACUUUCUCCACGACCUCAUCGUUGGGGGAUGACUCUCGAUUUAGUCACAUCACGAAGAAUCCCAGCGUCCGUAUAAGGGCUAUCGUCGACGGGCUGCCAGUGUAUACACCUCCUACACCUGCAUUGGAGGCGUUGGGGUCGGUUCAGGGGGAUGUGGUUGUGCUCGGCGGAUAUAGGGGGUCGGUGUUACGGGAUCUGAGUAUGAAUAAUCGGCGUGUGUGGAUUCCAUUGAAAGUUGGGCUGAAUUUGAGGAAGGUGGACCUGGAGGUCGGGUUGGAUCCGGGGGAUGACGAAGCGAUGAAGGAAAGGAUCGUUGCUGAUGGGAUGCUAACUGGCAUCGGGCCUGUGGAUGUGUCGAAACGCCUGCUGAAGAGGCUAAGGUCAGGGGCGGAGGAGAAUAACAGAAGAGUUCAUAAUUGGGGAUAUGAUUGGAGGCUUUCACCAAAAUUACUUUCCCAGAGACUUAUUGAGUUUUUGGAGACUUUACCGUGCAAUGAUGGGGCACAGCCUGGAACCAAGAGGAAAAAAGGGCAGGGUGCUUUGGUUAUUGCUCAUUCCCUUGGUGGACUUAUCACUCGUCAUGCCAUCAACCAGAGGCCGGAGUUAUUCUCUGGGGUUGUUUUCGCUGGAACCCCGAGCACCUGUAUAAGUAUUCUGGGGGCUUUCAGGAAUGGGGAUGAGGUGAUGCUUAAUUCUCGGGUUUUCUCCGCUCAGGUAUGCAUAAUAAUCAAACGUGCAAAAUAUUUUUCCUUUAUCGUAGAAAGCUUCUCACUCGGAUGGGAUGUUCUAGGCAAACUUUUCAUUCCGGACGUCCUUUGUUUUCUUGCCUGAGGAUGGCCAAUGUUUUAUCGACCGGGAUACAGGGGGGCAGCUUCCCCUCGACUUUUUCAAUGUAGAUACUUGGAUAAGGCACCGCCUCUCACCGUGCGUUUCCCCCAGCCAGCUGAAUACGCUACCUGAGAGCGUGCACCCACCGCCGUCACCCCCCACCUCUCCGCCGGCCUCAAGGGCGAGCCCGGGAUUACCUAAUUCACUUGGAGCACCUCCAAGAAAGCCUCCCCCCCAACGAACCAAUUCAACCAAUUCAACCUCCAACGUCUCUGAAAGCUCCCUCAAUGCAGUAGCCGACUUGAAAAUCUUGGCGCCAGCGGACGCGCAGAAAUGCACACUUCCGCUCUCGAAGACAAUCCUCUACCUCGAAAGGGUACUCUCCGAAACACUCGAGUUCAAACGGGGACUAGACUACGACCCGGUUAAGGACUCCAUGGGCUUAUAUCCGCCCAUGACAGUGCUCUAUUGCAAAACCAUGGCCACCGUUCGUGGGAUAUUGGUUUGUGGAAAGGAAAGGAUCCGAGAGUCUCCAUUCGAGGAUUUAGCCUUUGGCGCCGGUGAUGGGGUCACAUUGGCCAAGCAAGCUCAGCUCCCCCCUGGAUACAAGUGCACUAAGAGAGUUGCGGUGGAUAGAGGCCAUGUCAGUUUACUCACGGAUCUAGAGGGAGUAGGAAGGUGUUUGGGGGCCGUCAUUCAAGCUCGUGGGUGGUGA